AUGGCAUCACAGGCGAGCUUCAUCGUCCAGGCCCGACCCGAAACGGUGCACUCCCGUCGGGACCCUGCCGUCCUCAAAACGUACAGUGUCAAAAAGAAGGGGCGUGCUCUAGCCACGGGUCUGUCGAUCGGUGAUGCCGCGGUGGCAGGCCACCUUUGUCUCAUCGAAGACGCCAAAGACAUCGACAGGUUCAUCGACGGCUCCAUUCUGGUGACGGUGGCAACCGACCCAGACUGGGUGUCCAUCAUGAAGCGCGCGGCAGCCAUCAUCACCGACCACGGCGGCCGCACCUCCCACGCCGCCAUCGUCAGCCGCGAGCUUGGCGUCCCGGCCGUGGUGGGCACAGGCGACGCCACCUACGUGCUGCACACCGACCAGGAAGUCACCGUCUCGUGCGCCGAAGGCGACGUCGGUUUUGUCUACGAGGGCGUUUCCGACAUCACCACCACAACAGUCGACCUCACCGAUCUCCCGCCCGUCCGGACAAACAUCAUGCUCAACCUCGCCAGCCCCUCCGCGGCCUACCGCUGA